UUCGCGCAUGGUGUGCCGAUCAGUACCAAGCCAAACCAUGACUUCCUAGGUAUAAUCAAUCUACGUCAGGUGAUGCGUUUGCUGAUUAGGUAAGUGCUUACUGUUUAUUCUGUUAGAUAUUUACGUAGGUUCUAACUCUAUUUACUUGUUAAUAAAUCGUGGCUUAGCUCUGCAAGAACAUGCCGGCUGAGCUAAAGAUCGGCGACGAAAAAAAGCCGACGAUGAGUCUCGUCGAGUGCGAGAUAUGCGGCAACUUUUUUCAGCCACGAGGCAUACACAGUCACCAGACCGCAUGUCGGCGAAAACGUGACCAGGCUGGUGGUAAAGUAGUUAGUCUCCUCCUGUAGGUGGCGAGUCUGUUCAUAUUUUGAAAGCUUAGAGUCUCGCUCGGAUGCUUCUCGACGCUGUUGCGGUUCCUACAUUCAGGACCCAAACGCUUGGGAAGCUCCGAAUUUUAUUGGGUCGAUAAGGGCACUAGAUUCCGCUAGGAGCGAGAUCGGGUCACAAUGCUGGGCCACUGCUUUCCUUCGGCCAUUUCUAUUUUUUGCUCUUUCGAUUUUCGAGGUCGAGCUUCUUGAUUUCUUGUUUUUAGUUAGCUUCUCAGGUGGCUUGGGCGUCUGAUUAAUCCACCGGUGAAUCACUCUGGUACACUCCGACAGCCCUUCGGAUGUACCUUAUUUUUGUGAGUGUUAAAAUUAGAAUCCAGUGGUCUUAAAAAAAAAAAUUUUUAUUUGAAAAAAAAAAUGUAAAAAUAAUUAUUUAAUUUUCCGGUUCUGAACCCCAUUAGAAUCUGAACCGGAAGAGUUGGAUCCGGUUACCGAAGUCCGGUCCUGCUUAUGGUAAUUAUGUAACCGGAUUGUCUCACACGUAAAAAGAAUUUAUAGCUGGCCCUAUAAAUUCUUUUUUUCCACGCGACUCAAUCCGGUGCUCGAAAACGCACUAGAAAAACCGGAUUUCGGUAACCGGAUUCAAGUCAUCCGGUCCAGAUUCUAGUGGGGGAUCGAACCGGAUCAGAUCUUGUUAAUCGGCGUGUGCUUUCAUCUCCUUUUUCUUGCUCCCAUUAGGCUAUCGAUCAGCGAAUGAGUGGUGUGAUCUAUGGAUCGCUGAAAGGAGACGAUGUGCGGUCCUGGUUCCAAACGAAAGUGAUUCCGCGUUGGCGUGUCUACCUCUCUCAGCUGCCGCCAACUCGUCAAGAUCACACCUACUUGCUUUGCAUGCUUGACCAAGCUCCGACUCAUCAAACGCUGACUCCAGACUUUCGCCAUGGUGCAUUCGGUCAGUUUUCUGCUGAGGACAACGUGUGGAUCGUUCCUAUUCGUGCAGAAACCACGUCGUAUAUUCAGCCGUGUGACCAGUCGGUGAUUGGUGUAUUCAAAAAGGCUAUCCGUCGCCACAGCAGCACGACGAACGCAGGCAUCGACUUGUUUGAUCAGAUUCAGUUGCUUUGCAGCUAUCAAACUCGUUUCAGUACGCAGCAAGAAUUCAUCAAGUGUGGAUUCAAUCCGGACCCAGAGGUGCACCAGCCGGAGCGUGGUUUGAUGUGGCGCCGUACUCGGGAGUUCCUACAGGAAGUAGAUCCGAUGUUCGAAUAAAAAUGAACGUGGUCACUUUUCAAAAAAAAAAUGACCGUGGGGUCAUUUUUCAAAAGCGAUGGUUGUUGAAGAUGGCGAUUGUGUGAAUUUGUAUUGUGGCCCGUGCUUGUGCUACGAUAUUACUUAUGCUCCAUUAAUAUCAAGUCGCAUGUGUGAAGGUUUACUUUUCUCAUUGAAUGACUUAUCAUAGUGCAUACACAGGCUCUAAAAAUUGAUGAACGUUUACUUUUUUUUGUUGCAGCAGAGUAACUAUAUGUACACGACAUUACUUUCGUCGGUGUCGCACGUGCUAGUUUUUCAGAAAUGGUGAAGGCAGUGCUUUUUUUUUCGCUCGAAUCUCGAAACUCGUUUGAAGCGGUCGACUCGUUUUUUCGUCGAAAAUUGAUGCAAGCUGACUUGUCUCGAUUAU